AUGAUUGUGGACCUACCCAAAGAUGGAAGCAACAGCUCCAUCCUGGUCAUAGUGGACAGUUUUACCAAAUAUGUCAUCCUGGUAGAAUGUUCCAAGAAACUUAAGGCCCCAGAACUAGCAGACCUAUUCCUAUGCCAUAGCAAUGGACAAACAGAAUGUGUAAACCCCACAGUUGAGCACUUCCUAUGGCCUUACUCUGGCAUUAACCAGAAGGACUGGGUAAAAUGGUUGCCCAUGGUGGAGUUUGCUUACAACAAUGCAGUCCAUAGUUCUAUGGGAAAGUCCCCCUUCAAGGUGCUAUAUGGAUGGGAGCUGGCUCUAACCCCUAGCAACAUUCCCACCAGUGUACCAGGAGCUGACAACUUGGCAACACAAAUGGAGACUCAGUGGUGGGAAAUAGAAGCAGCACUCCAGCAAUCCAAAACAUGCAUGACAGCUGGAGAGCCAGGAGAACUGGUAGAGUUUGAAGUAGGAGAAGAGGCCUGGCUAGAUGCCAGAAACAUGAAGCUAAAGACCCUGAGUCCAAAGCUAACCAAACAACACCUAGGCCCCUUCAAAAUAUCCAAGAAAAUCUCCAAUCAAGCCUACCAACUAGAACUCUCACCUUCAAUGAGAAUCCACAAUGUCUUCUAUGUAGGAUUAUUGUCAAGAGUUAAGAGGGACAAGAAGCGCGCCUUCAAGAACUGCCCUCCACCAGUCACUGUGGAUGGGGAGGAGGAAUACAAAGUUGAGGGAAUAACAGACAUGGAGGAAAGAGACAGAAAAUGGUUUUUCAGAGUCAAAUGGAAAGGCUAUGAACCAGAGGAAAACACAUGGGAACCCUGGGAAAACCUGAAGAAUGCAGGGAAAAUUUUGCAGAAGUACAAAGAAGAGAUGAGAAAGAAGGCCCUUGGCGCUGCCAAGGCCCUUAGAGGGGGGGCAGUGUUGUAG